AACAAGCAAGCGUGUUAUGUAUGUUGAACAUCUUUCGCACCGUACGUAGCCAACCGUGCCAUUGGAGGUGCGGGAAAGGACAACUAAAGGUUAGGUAGUUGGAGCAAGUUGUACAAGUAGUCCAUAGUUCCAUAGUUCCAUAUAUUUUGGUAUAGCCCUGUGAGCCAUUCGGCUCGUGAAUCGGGUGCUACCACAACAAACAAAAAAACAAAAACAUGAACAAGAAAACAUCUUAAAGUGACUAUGUGACUGUGCAAACAGAAAAUCCAGGAAAGAACAUCAAAAUAUUCCAGAAAUAGCACCGUACACCAACGCUGUGUGCCAAAAUCCCAGUAGAAGACACACGCCACGGAUAACAUUUAGUGGCGAGUGAAAUAUGUGUCCCAAUAUGCACUGACCAGCGAAUUCCAGUAUGGUCAAACAACCCGUAUGAACCAGCAUGGUACAGGCAAGCCUUCAUCCAGCAGUGGACUGACUUAACGACUGAAAAAUAUAAAUUAUGACUUGUCUGUACUGUAAUCAAACGAGGCGAGAGACUACACAUCUUUCUCAAUGUCAGAGUUGGUGAAAUACAGUUAACACACUAAAUGUCUGUUGUUUGUGCAUGUAUUUCAUUUAGCACAAUCACAACUAUUGUUCUGGUAUUCCCCCACACAGAGUUUCUGCAUAUUACCGUACGGAAAAUAUUAUAAAAGCACACAGCUGAUGUACAAUUACAGGGUGACAAUUUAAUUCUAGAUUUGAAGCUUUCGUGACUGCAAGAAUUCACACUCCUUGGUUCUAUUCGGUAAAGUCACGUAGGUAAAAAAAAAAUAAUUCGUGACUUUACCGAAUAGAACCAAAGAGUAGGGUGACAACUUACAAGUUCUUGUUGGAGGGGGGGGGGGUUUCCAUCUUCCCCCACUCUGGAUAUUAAAAUAAAGUCUAAUCGAUGGUGUUUAUGUGUUGUUGAGCCGAGGGAGUCAUCCAAAAAGGGGAAACUUACAAAGCAACCGUGACUAAAAACAGCAGUGCAUUUGAAACCACGGGGAGGGGGGGGUUACCCGUUUUGUCUCCCAAGGACAGUGAUGGACACCAGGACUGCUUAAAAGCCUUUUGGGUAUCACAAGUCAGGCCCUGUAUUUGCACAACUGCCGUCAGCUGGCUAUUAUUAUUACUAUUAUUGCCAGCUUAGCUUAAAGAUGACAGAUCAAGCAUCACAGCCAACAACCUGCAUCCAGGGUGCUACGAACAACGGAGAACAUCCAACCGAGCAAAUGCAAUUUCAGAUGCGUGACGAGAACGACAAUCAUGAUGUCCAUCAUCAUCAUCAUGGUGUCCAUCACCAUCAUGAUGAUGAACUUCGUCUUCAUGAUGAUGUUCAUCAUGAUGAACAUGAUGAUGACGAUGUUCAUCAUGACGUUCAUCAUCAUGAAGACGAAGUUCAUCAUCAUGAAGACGAAGUUCGUCAUGAUGAACAUGAUGAUGACGACGUUCAUCAUCAUGACGACGUCCAUCAUCGUGACGACGUUCAUCAUCAUGAAGACGACGACGACGUUCAUCAUCAUGACGACGUUCAUCAUCAUGAAGACGACAACGACGUUCAUCAUGCCCGCAACACACGCGAGGCUGUCAUUCGCCUUUUUGGUUGCACCACCACCACCAGCAGCAGCACCACCACCACCAUCCCCAGCGCUGACGGAAUCGCCCAUUUCAACAUCCUCGCCCACAACUACCCAAAGGAGGUCCUCGCCACCGUUUGGGAGACCUUGGGGAUCCACCAGGACUGGAACGGCACACUGCACACUCUCGCCGAAGCGCAGCUCUGGCGUGCGAUGCUGCACCCGUACCCAUCGCACACCGCUCCAGCAGACACCGCCGCCGGCGGCCGUACAAUCCUCCCGGUGUUCGAGGCCACCUGCCGGGCCCUGUACCGAGAGUGGCCGGACAAGCUGCGGCCCUUCGUGUGCCUCGCCCAUCUCCAGAGAGCCUCAAGCCCAGCCGACGCGCCCGGCUGCUCCGCCUCGGACGCGCCUUUGUACAAGCGGGCGGCCUCAGCCCUGCCCCGGGCAGAGGAGGCCGUCGAGGCCGCCAGGGCCCACGUGGACCUGCUGCUGUCGAGCUGGCGGCCCCGGGCCGUGCUCAGGGCCCUGCAGCUGCUGCUCCGGCUGCGCGAGGCCGAGACGGCCGUGACCGAGGCGACCGUUCGCUCGAAGGGGAACCCUCUGCUGAGACGGGAGGUCUUCCGAUUGUUCCUGGCCGAGGUGGGGCGCACCCGGCUGCUGGACUCGCAGCUCCGCAGAGUCUUCGAGUUGUGCCCGAGCGGAGCGAGCGCCGAGGAGGCGCUCCUGGAGAUCGUCAGGGGCGCCGCCGAAGCCGGGGACGCGGCUCACGCGCAGCCGUUUUUGUUCGACGCGCCGAGCCUCACCCUGGGGAUGUUGAAGCCGCUGCUCGUUCGCCUUCUCAGCGACGACGUGGACGAUGAGAGUGAUGAGAAGAAAGAUGAUGAUGAUGAUAAUGGUGGUGGUGGCGGCGUCGAUGAUGCCUCCUUCGUCGAGGGGAAAUAAACGGAACGUCGAGUUUGUGUCCUGAUUUGGAGUGGUGUCAGUGACGGAUUAUCCCAGUACCAAAGUACCUACAUAUGUAGUAGUACUACACGUCUAGUAGCUACGGGCCCUGCACUUUCAAAGGCGCCCCACGCUAAAUGCUUUCAAGCUAUCAAUUCCGGUUCAGUGAUUCUGCACUUUCUCUAUUACUAUAGCGCUAUACUGCCUUAUACUUGUAUAAACGACUGGGCGUUUAAGGUUAGAGAUUUGUCGUAUUAUCUGGCUGUAUAGAAAAUGAAAAAAUACAAUUACUUUACUAUGCAAGUUAAAAAUGUGUUUCAUAUUUAUGGGGUUAUUUUAUGGCCCUUUAUAACAUGUGCUAGAGGCCCCGCGCUCGCUUAAUUCGGCACUGAGUGGUGUGCGUGCCAGUGGUGGACCUUGUGUAGCGGGGCAGGAAGGCAGACGCAGUUAUGUGCACUAAUUAUGACUCGAUGUUAAGUCGUUCUUAGUGGUGGCCCAAACGUAUUCAAACGAUUUGAGGAAUGCUGGGUUCGCUAUUACAAUGCAAGAGGGGAUUUAUUAUGGAUGGGCGUAUCGUGUGGUAGUGCCUUACGCCGAUAAACCCUACUCUAAUCCAGCUUAGCAGAGUUCUGAAAAAAUAUCCGAGACAUUAAGCCCUGGGCGUAUCCCUUAACGUCUGAUGUGACUUUAAUGUUUUUUUUCCCCAUCUUCCAAUCCCAAACAAUGCUCUCGAUCUUGCCGGUGCUUCGUUGCAGCAAGACAGUUCGGUUUAAUCACCAGUGUAAUUUAUUCUCAAUAACAUUGAAAUACAUUAUUCGUACAAUAUGCAUAGAUAUAUGUAUAUCUGUUUAUUAAACGAUACUUUUGAGAUCAAAUGUGUAACAUUACGGAGUGUAGAUCUCAGGAACAAAUAACCCGACAAAAGCUCAGACUUACCUGCAUUGUGAUUGCACACGUGUGCACCAAAGGAGCACAAGAUCUAACGUCGGAAACUUUGGAAUAUAUUUCAACUUUAGCUGGGCAUCUAUUGCUAAAAUCACCCCGUUGCUUGCCUCGAUCGUCCCUCAAUCUCCUAUUACGGACAUGCAAUCUAUGACCACCACAGUAUAUACUCAUAAUUUAUACAUUUGAAAAUCCACUGCUGGAUUAAACCCUCCCCGUGCAAUGUUGUUGUGGUAGUUCAAUUUAACACGCCUCUUCAAGGUGGUCAACGUCAGUCGAGGAAGGGAAGAGGGCCAGGAAUGGAUCAGACACCACUUAGUAAUGAUGUUUAGCCGUGGCUGGGAAUCAAACUUAGGUUGGCGGGUUCAGAGUGCACUGAUAUUAACAUUGUACAGUGACAGAGUAGUGGUAUUAAAAUAAUACGAGCAGCUCACACGUCCUUUAGGCGCGAUUCUUUUUCCCUCCAGCCAGCAAAACUCGUUUUUUUCUAAUACAUUACGACAGCACACUUUUUUUUAAGUAUAUCUGAAAAGCAUGUGCCUGUUAGAGUAUACCAGAAUUGUGCAACUGGACAUAUACUGCAGCAUUUCUGUAGAAUUGUAUUUAAUUCCAAGCACGCCAUUCUGUGUCCGGAUUAAAACAUGUUUACUCACCUUUACGCUGACAUUCAAGAAAUUAAGUUUUAUUAACCGCAUUCUAUCAUAGUACAAUCACAUUUUUUUGUUUCAAAAAAUCAUUCAAAAAAAUAUUUUCCUUCAGACUAAUCCCAUAUCACCAUAUUUUCGAGAUUACCCGGUAUAAAACAUUACAAUUAUUCUUCUGUAGUUCGGUUGUGUAACUCAACAUAAAUUGCGUAACCGUUGUGUGUGUGUGUUGAAAGAUUAUAAUAAAAAUACAAAUAUUUGUACAAGAAACAUUUCUCAACCUCUGCAAAUCACCGGCAUCUUCGGUGUGCAAGCUCUGAACUGCAUCGAGCAAGUGACCGGGGGUGUUGCUGUGUAAUGGACCCGCAUCACACAGCACUUGCCCCAAACUUCUGCUGAGGUUAUAAGGGGGGGUCUUUGACUUUGUAAUGAACAUUCGAGAGGUACGCCAACCUACGGACCGCGUCUUCAUUUCGUACAGCCCAUGGCCACUUGAGUGACCUACAUGGUCGCGCUAAUCGGGUAUCGGAGGGACAUUUUUUUGUUGACCGUGGCAUCGUCUACUUUUCGCUUGCUCAGUUGUCUCGUGGCAUUAUUUGUAAGGACCUCUGGGGAUAUGUAGAAAUUAGCCAAGGUGCACGUGAAUUUGAGUUCUGCACAAAGUUGUUUUUGUAAAGUGCUAUUUGGCAAUCGGUUAAGGAAAUAGGUUCCCCAAACUCUGCUUGUAUAAUGAUAUAAUCAAUGGUGCACAAUGCGUUACAUUUAGUGUUCCGCUCAACGUCGCAUUGCGUUUUGUACAGUGCCACUUCCUGCAAUUAAAAAGAGGAACUUUUGCGUUGCAUUUCAGGCCAGCCAGCAGCAGCACACCUAACUAAGGCCAAUGGAGUGUGUUUAUUCACGAAGUGCAUUCACAUCGGGGUUCCUACAUUAAAAAAUAAGAUAUUAAAAGCAAGUCAUAAGUUUCACUCGUUUUCACGACCACCCAUGUCAUAUUCGGUGUGCUUACAGUAAAAAAAAAAUAGUUGCGGUUAUAUUGCCAUCAAAAGUAAAAAGAACGAGAUGGGCUACCAUGCAAAUGUAGACAUAGUUCAGGGUCCUCUCUCUCACAUUGGUAUCGUGGUGGGUGUCAUGCAAACUUCACCUCACAAUGCUGUUCAAUUCGUAACGCGUGCAGUUUGUUGUCGAACAAGAGGCGCGAGAAACUGCAGACAAGCAGCCAGAAGCCGUUCCAACUCCCAAUAGGGGGCAGGGGUAAUGUACCUGCGAUGUAUCACCCCACCUGCUGAAUUUUCAGGUUACUUUUUGGCAAAUGUGGACCGUGCAGCGGGCACAACGAUGGUCUACAAUUGCGAAAGACAUCAGGGGCUCUGUGUACAAAGUCCACUGUGAAGCAGACGGCAUGUGUAUCGUCAAUGCACCCCGCAGUGUUAAUCGGGGCGGCCGACAGAUUUGACCCUCGGGACGGCUGAGAACGAGUGGCGAACUCGCUACCGCUAGGCGGCCCAAUUCACCUUUUAGCCGAAGGCUUUGCAAAAGGACAGGCAUCAACCGUGCAAUGCAUUGCUACGAAUACAUGAAACGCAUGAUUGCACGCUAAACCAAAUGGUAAUUUCAUUAUCGCUGACAUGGGACAGCCCUCGUCUAGCAGUAGAUUGACAAAAGCGAGCUGAAUAUGAACAAUGCCUCUGCACCUGGCCCACUAGAAGUCCGUACGUAUGUGUGCACGCGAACAGUCAGUAUGUGUACACGCGAAGUCAGUAUGUGUACACGUGAACAGUCAGUAUGUGUACACGUGAACAGUCAGUAUGUGUACACGUGAACAGUCUGUAUGUGUACACGUGAACAGUCAGUAUGUGUACACGCGAACAGUCAGUAUGUGUACACGCGAACAGUCUGUAUGUGUACACGUGAACAGUCAGUAUAUGUACACGCGAACAGUCUGUAUGUGUACACGUGAACAGUCAGUAUAUGUACACGCGAACAGUCAGUAUGUGUACACGCGAACAGUCAGUAUGUGUACACGUGAACAGUCUGUAUGUGUACACGUGAACAGUCUGUAUGUGUACACGUG